CACCCUUCAUCGUUCGACCUUGAUAUCUUCCAGUCCCGACCAGCGUGCCUGCUGCCCCUAAGAGCUAGCUGUUUUGCUGUCCAAGUCUUGCGACCGACACGACCCGUCUCGAGCGGCGACCGAUCAUCUGAGCACUCCGCAGCCAUGGCGACAAGCGAGCUCCGUCAAAGACCGGCCGCAAAGGACGUGCCGGCCCCGAGUCUGGCAGCUGGUAUAACCGGGCCCAAAGAUGACAUACCGGUGCAAGAACAUCCCUCUGGCAAGGCCAAACACGGUCCUAUCUACUCAGCAUUGCGGGCACUCACAUUCGCCGUUUAUUUCACGAGCGCAUGUGUAGUCAUACACAUCACGCAGUUUAUCGCUGCGCCGUUAUAUUGGAUAAAUCGCGACCUGUACUACGCCUACAUGGCACUGACGAAACAGUCCUUCGGUCUUCUCGCCACCACCAUGACCCACUGGUGGGCACCGACUCUGAUAAGAGUCAGCGGCGAUACCUCCGUGGCCGGUCAGCUCAGCUUGACCCCAGAUGGCAGGAUAGAGUGUGCUUUCCCGGAGCGCAUGGUCAUGAUCGCUAACCACCAGAUAUACACGGAUUGGUUGUAUCUUUGGUGGGUUGGCUACACCAACGUCCCCGCUAUGCACGGCCACCUAUAUAUCAUAUUGAAAGAGUCUCUGAAGUGGAUUCCCAUAAUAGGGCCAGGAUGCAUGUUCUUCGGAUUCAUCUUCAUGUCACGGAAAAUGGCCACAGAUCAACCACGUCUAGCCCACCGAUUGGGAAAGCUCAAGAAGAAGAUCACAGGCCUAGAUGGCAAAAAGCACUUACUUCCCAUGUGGCUACUCCUUUUCCCAGAGGGCACCAACCUUUCCGACAACGGCAGAGUCAAGUCAGCCAAAUGGGCCGAGAAGACUGGUGUCAAGGAUGCGAAACACGUCUUGUUACCUCGUAGUACCGGCACUUUCUUCUGUUUGAAUGAGCUCAAAGGAACUGUCGACUAUGUCUACGACUGCACUGUGGCCUAUGAAGGCGUUCCCCGCGGCGGAUACGGCGAAGAGUACUUCACCCUAGGUAGCACUUUCUUCCGCGGACGGCCUCCAAAGUCUGUAAAUUUCUACUGGCGCCGUUUUGCCCUGGCAGAGAUGCCCCUCGACGAUGAAAAGGCGUUCGGGAAUUGGUUGCAGGAUCGUUGGUAUGAGAAGGAUGAGCUCAUGGAGCAGUACAUCUCUACAGGUCGCUUCCCCGCCAACGGUGCCGGUAUCAAGGGUCAUAUUGAGACCCAAGUGCGAACGAAGUAUUGGUGGGAGUUUCUCAAGAUCUUUGUCGCACUUGGCGCAUUCGGUCUCAUUUUCAGAAUCAUUUUACAGACGCUGUACCACAUUCGUGGCUUUUAGGUGAAGUCAAGGUAUUUGGGUUGUGCUUCUAACGAGCAUCCUAGGGGCGGUGAAGCCAACAGGUCAUCGGAGGAAGGUGCUGGAGCC